AAGUGAUACUGUCACAUUAAAGUUACAUUUGGAUCUACAUUACUUUGAAUGAGUAUCGGAGGGGGGAGGCACGAAAACGGUGAUGAGGAGGAGCAAGAGGAGGAGGGGGAUCAGGGCACCGGCUCCAGGCUGCAUCCUCCAUCCUCUAGCCCUGCCUCCUCUCCCUCGGCGUGUGAGCACACGGCAGGCGGGCGCGCACAUGCGGCAACAAAGGGGCUCACCGUCCAUCUAUGACAUCAAAUGAAUACAGAAGGCACUGAGAGUAGUUUCACCUAUUUUGACUUUUGAUUGCAUCUAAAAGGCUGUAAAAGCAUCGCAAAGCAUGGAGCUGGAGCACUUUGACGAGCGGGACAAAGCGCAGAGGUAUGCCCGCAGGGGUUCCAGAGGCAACGGGCUUCCCAGUCCCACUCACAGCGCCCACUGCAGCUUGUACAGAACCAGGACAUUGCAAGCGCUGACCUCUGAGAAGAAGGCCAAGAAGGUCCGCUUCUACCGCAACGGGGACCGCUACUUCCAAGGGAUAGUGUACGCAAUUUCUCAGGAAAGAUUCAGGUCCGUAGAGGCGCUCCUGGCGGACCUGACGCGAGCCUUGUCUGACAACGUCAACCUACCCCAAGGGGUUCGGACUAUAUACUCCAUUGACGGGAUGACGAGGAUCACUAGCAUGGACCAGCUGAUGGAAGGAGAAUGCUAUGUUUGUGCCUCCUUUGAGCCCUAUAAGAAGGUGGACUACACCAAAAACAUCAACCCCAAUUGGUCGGCAGGAGCGAGGAUGACUGCAUCUUCCCGCGAUCCCCCUUCCCUUGGCAGCGCCAGAGCCGGCUCUCCGGAGACUAGGGAGAGCAAAGACUUCAUCAGACCCAAACUGGUCACCAUCGUCCGCAGCGGAGUGAAGCCUCGCAAGGCCGUGCGUGUCCUGCUCAACAAGAAGACGGCGCAUUCGUUCGAGCAAGUCAUGACGGACAUCACAGAGGCCAUUAAGCUGGACAGCGGUGUCGUCAAAAGGCUGUUUACUGUUGAUGGAAAGAUGGUGACAUGCCUUCAGGACUUUUUUGGGGAAGACGACAUUUUCUUUGCUUGUGGUCCUGAGAAGUACCGUUACCAAGAUGACUUCAGUUUGGAUGAAAGUGAAUGCAGAGUGGCCAAGUCGUCAUCCUACGGUCGACUUCCCUCCGUGCAUGGCCGCUGUUCUCCAAGAAAUGGCGGAAUGUCUCGCAGGAGCAAGUCUCCAUCAUCUACUGGCUCUGCUAACGGGACUGCAGGAAGUCAGCUGUCCACCCCUCGGUCUGGAAAAUCUCCUUGUCCCUCUCCGACCAGUCCUGCCAGCCUCAGGAGACGUCAGGGUUCCCAGCACAGCAGCUCUUCCCUCUCUUUAGCCUCCACCAAGGUGUGCAGCUCCAUGGAUGAAGGAGACGGACCCAGCAGCGAAGCUGAGCCCAUGGAUGAGUCGCCCGUCCCUGCCACCAUUGCAGAGAGGUACAAAGUGGGCCGCACCUUAGGGAGCGGGAACUUUGCUGUGGUGCGAGAGUGUGUUGAGAGAUCCACUGGAAGAGAAUACGCCCUCAAGAUCAUCAGCAAGGAGAAGUGUAGAGGAAAGGAACACAUGAUCCAGAGUGAGGUGUCCAUACUCCGGCGUGUCAAACAUCCCAACAUCGUACUGCUGAUUGAAGAAAUGGACACCGGCAAUGAGAUUUAUCUCGUCAUGGAGUUGGUUAAGGGUGGCGACCUAUUUGACGCGAUCACUUCCUCCAACAAAUACACAGAGAGGGAUGCCAGCUGUAUGCUGUUCAACCUGGCCAGCGCCAUCAAGUACCUGCACAGUCUCAACAUUGUCCACAGAGACAUCAAACCAGAGAACCUGCUGGUCUAUCAGCACCACGAUGGAAGUAAAUCGCUGAAGCUGGGGGACUUUGGCCUGGCGACCGUUGUCAAUGGUUACCUCUACACUGUGUGUGGCACGCCGACCUACGUAGCGCCGGAGAUCAUUGCCGAAAAGGGAUAUGGCCUAAAGGUGGACAUUUGGGCUGCAGGUGUCAUCACUUACAUUCUGCUGUGUGGCUUCCCGCCCUUCAGUUGUGGUGAGGACCAAGAGGUUCUGUUGGAACAUAUCUUGAGGAGUGAGCUGGAGUUCCCUGCAUCACACUGGGACAAUGUGUCAGACUCGGCCAAGGCUCUCAUCAGUGGGAUGCUUCAAGUGGAUGUGGACCAGAGACUCUCAGCUGCGCAGAUUCUGGAGCACCCGUGGGUCAAUUGGUGUGCGGGGUAUUUGCUUGUGCAGGAUGAUGGCGUGUCUGAGAACCAGCAGCAGCUGCCUGUGGCCAUGAGGAUCAAGAAGCACUUCAACACUGGACCUAAGACCAACAGUACAACAGCGGGUGUCAUGGUCAUCACCAAUACUCCGCUUGAUAAGGAGAAGCAAGUUUUCCGGCGACAGCAGCAUCACGACGCUAAGCUCGCCGCCCACUUCCCGCACGGUGCUUGCUCCUCUUCCUCCUCCCGCGGUGCUAACCCUGUCCUGUCGCCUGCCGACUUCACAUCUGAAUCCGAGGAUUCGGGUUCAGCUGACACGGUGCGCUCCCCAAUCUCUCCUUUUUAACUGCAUGCAAGACGGCAUCCGCCAACUGGACAGGGUGAGCGAACACACUGGACACUUUAGCGGUCUUUCUCUCCGGUCAUCAUUUUUCAAUUUCACUUAUAUUUCAGAAAAAUGUGUCAUUGUCAUAGCCAUAGCUGCCUGACUCUUAUGUGUGCAGGAGUAACUGGACCAUUUUAGUUUUGUGCUGUCCUCUUGUGGUUAAUAUGGUAUACUACAGGAAGCUGCUUGACGCAUCAUCUCACCUGACUUCAGAAACUGUUAAGCGCUGCAAAAGGAGGUUGAGGUGAUUAGUUCUUUAAACCUUCAGUUAGUCUGACCCAAGAAUGUGCUGCUAUAACAUAAAUACAGUCCAAUGGCGUUUAUGUAAUAUUAAUAACUACUGAUAGUCCAGUUGAAGAGUGGCUUGGUUACAGAUGGGUGUCACAUCUAAGAGCACACGGAUUGAAGUGCAAUUAGUGGCAUACUGCCCCCAAAAAGCACAGUGUUAAAUUGUCCUACUGGAAUAAAGGCGGUGACGAAUGUCAUCAAUAAGAAGGCAGCACAGUGCUUCCAUUGAUAAAAAUAGCAAUGUUUGUUCCUCCAAGCAUCUUUUUUUUGUGAGCCUGGAAAUUGCAAGUGUGCAAAUAUACUUUUCCAAAGCAAUUAUUCCUACUUGUAUCACCAUUAAAAAAAAUGGCUUAUGAACAACUUUAGCGCUAUUGUUUUGUAGUUGUGCUACACAACUACAGGAAAUGCAACAUCACUUUGUUUUUAAAAGGGCUGACCAGAAAAGGUUCAAUCAAAUAGCACUAACUCUAUGAUUAAUGUUUUUUAUGUAUUUGUCAACUCUGCAAUGUUAACCAUAAACAAAGACCAUGAACGUCAGUUUCAUGUCAAAAAUCCACAGGAUAAAACAACACAAUGUAAACACCUAUGGGCUUCUUUUUGUUAUUAGAAAGAAAACAUUUUUAAUCUGAACUAACAAGAAAAUUAAAAAAGGACCGCUCUAACAAGGUUAGACUGAAGAUGGCAGUAAAAGAACUUAGACAUGUACUUUAAUGAAAAAAGAGUGGGCUGUCCACAUGGAAACCUUUUUAGGUGAAAAGGUCAAAGUAUUAACAGCAUUCUUGGUGCCCUGAAAUGGCUUCAAGGGUGGGGAAAUUGUUUCCAUGGAGACAAGCACACUGCUCCCGUCAUUGUCUCGUGACCAACAAGUGACAAGCCAAGAAAAUAUCUGAAUACUUGGACUGGCAUGUCUCUCCCUAGUCGACAUUCCCCUGAUAUUUUUUGUGUCGUACUCCAAAAUGACUCGUAAACGUACUUCCACUUGGUCAUCUUGUAAAGCAGAAAAUGACUGACUUUAGGCGUGGCCGUUCUUUCUUCUUCUGUUGCUGUCACUUGUUUCUGUCUGCACGUCUGUUUAUAGCACCACAGAUAGGUGUGCCUUACUUAUUACGUCGUUUUCACCCAAAUCCGACACAUUGUGUGAAAGCAAAUGUUUUCAACUCGCAUUUCCGCAUGGACAGGGUCUCAGUUGAUGUCAGCUACUUUGAUACACAUGAUUUUGUUCCUCAAAAAGAAAAACAUUUUUAUUACAAUUUUUGUUUUAAUUUAUAAACGCAAAUAAAAUAUAAAUAAUGGGAGUACAGUCAAAUGAAUGUAAAUAAUCCUCAAUUUAACAUCAUGGCAUUCAUACAGACUCUGCUAUGAUAUAAAUACAUUUUGAAAUGAGUACUCAAGUAAAUUCACUGCUACAUGUCAACAAAUUAAUAUAAUUUAUACAUAUAAAAACAAAUGAAAACCAUAUUAAGCCAUUUUCCUUCAGUAGCGUUUUUCCUGCUACAUAAUGAUUCUACAGUACUUGCAUAAUUUCAUUGUGGCAAUGCCAACAAACUGAUAGUAAAUACCUUAUCUUUAAACCACAGUAUUGCUUCCCAGUGCACAUGAAGCUAAAUGUUUACUGUUAAAAAGUACCAAUGACCCAAAAAACAUUGAAAUAAAAAGUGUCCCGUUUACAAAAUGACGUCUUUAACAGCGUUACCACAUACACAAUUUCACUUCCAUUUUUUUUCUGAUCCAAAACAGUUAUUUCACAUUGGACAAAAAACAUAUUUUUGACAGUCACACAAUAAAUGGGAGCUUUCUUUAUCACACAAACACAUUGAUAAUGUGCAAAUAAACGCCACAUGGAAUGCGUACAAACCAAGUCGGCAACAUUAAAUGUCAUUCCUAGUCAAAAACAGAAACAAUAUAAAGAAAGCUAUUUUAUACAGUCCUUGCAUGUUUCCCCGUGUCCCCUGUCCACUGCAUACAAUGUUGUCAUGUUAGAGUGACAGAACACAGCCUGUUUGGAACGCUGCUUUCUAUCGGUGCUUCAUGACAAUUAAAGUGGAAUUCAGAAAUAACAGUGAAAUGCAGUCAUAUGUCCAGCAUUUGCAUGUCUGAAUGCCUUCUCUUCAUCUAUGUGGCGUACUCACCUAAUGACCGCUAGAUGGCAGUGUUAAAGCACCAAUGGAAUUUGAUCACGAUUUACUGAGACAUGUAUACUUACGGUCGGAGUGUUGUUUUUUUUUUUUAUAAAGACAUCCAUUGAACCUGAGUGAGUAAAUGUGAUCAUAAAACUCACAUGCGCUGUCAUUACUCCUAAAAGCCCCACUGAGCACAUCUGCAAAUGAAAGCACGGAUGCUUGAUUGUGUCCUUUUCGCAUGACCUAAAUACACGAUGACUAGGGGAAAAUCCAAAAAUCCAAGUCGGCCUAAUAAUUUCCUCUCCUGUAAAUGUCACAUUAAUUUCCGUCCUUACUCCACCUUUUGUGUUUGUUUAGGCGGGCCGUAUUUAGGAGUCUUCCACUACCAUGGAAACUAAAUGGUCCCGUCACUGUGAGAAAUCUUAUUGCUGUUUUUCUGUCUUUUUUAAAAAUGCACA